GUGUGCUUUUAAAUGGGGUAGAUAUAGAUUUGCCACCAUCCACUACCUUGAAGCAGAUAAUAAUAUUAUCAAAUCACUGGGUAGGUAGGGCGGCACGAGGAAGCCAACAAGUUUUGGGUUUUCCAUUACCAUUUCAUUGAAGUGACGUUUGACUUUUGUUGUUAUUGUUAUUUUGACUCAAUUAGCCACUUGAGUUGAUUAUUAUUAGUAAAUAAGAAAUUAACUAAUUAUGCAGUAUUAAAAAUCAGAAUAAAAUGCUCUGUUUUCUUGCACCUACCCCUGUUUCUUCUUCACACCACUCUCUCUGUUUUCUAUUCCCUCAAAACUUGAAUGGCUUCUUCAACCACCACCAAGGAGAUAGACAGAGAGCUUCCACCUCUUCUGAGAGUUUACAAGGACGGAACCGUUGAACGCUUUCUAGGCUCUUCGUAUGUGCCACCUUCACCACAAGACCCAGACACUGGAGUUUCAUCCAAAGACAUCGUCAUAUCAGAGAACCCUUUAAUCUCUGCAAGGCUUUACCUUCCAAAACUUGAAAACCAUCACCAGAAGCUUCCAAUCUUGGUCUACUUCCACGGCGGCGCGUUUUGCCUCGAAUCCGCAUUCUCCUUCCUCCACCAACGCUACCUCAACAUCAUAGCUUCACAAGCAAAGGUUCUCGUAGCUUCCAUAGAGUACAGGCUCGCACCAGAACACCCUCUUCCUGCUGCAUAUGAAGAUGGAUGGUAUGCACUGAAUUGGAUCAGUUCCAACAAGAGCGAGCCAUGGUUGAUGAAUCAUGGAGAUUUCAACAGAUUCUACAUAGGAGGUGACACUUCGGGUGCAAACAUAGCACACUACUUAUUGCUCCGCGUUGACCAGUUACCGAACCAAGUCAAAAUCUCAGGGGCAGUGCUUGCUUUUCCAUUGUUCUGGAGUUCAAAGCCGAUUCUGAACGAAGCAGUUGAAGGACAUGAAGAGAGCUCAGCAAUGCAGGUGUGGAAAUUCGUGUACCCUGAUGCACCGGGUGGUAUUGACAACCCACUGAUAAAUCCAUUGGCACCUGGUGCAGCCAGCUUGAAGGAGCUUGGGUGCCCUAAAAUUCUGAUCUUUGUUGCUGGCAAAGAUGAGCUUAGGGACAGAGGGAUUUGGUACUGUGAUGCUGUGAAGAAGAGUGGGUGGAAUGGUGACGUGGAACUUAUUGAAGUUGAAGGAGAGGAACACUGUUUUCAGAUCUAUCAUCCUCAAACUCAUAACUCCAACAACAUGAUUAGUCGCAUAGCCUCUUUCCUUGUUUGACCAUACAUGUUUCUGAUUAUUAUGAAUAAGUAUAUUGAGCAGUGGCAAUAAAUUUGGGGAACAAUUAUUACAAGUUAAUCGAUCAUAAUAAUUAUAGUAAAAUGUAAUAUGUUUUUGGUACCAAAACAGAUAUACAAUACAAGGGCUAUGCUUUAUAUAUAA